AUGGCGUUCAGAUUGUCGCCUAUUUUGGUCGCCAUUUUGGCGACAUUUCAAUUUGGACCUGCAGCUGCAGCAGACGGAGAUAUCAACCUCUGCGGCCAAUCCGACCACUGGAAUUCCACCGAGGUUCCUUACUCUUUCAACAACAAUGCUUGGGGCAACGAUAGCUCGGGGUACCAGUGCAUGGCCGUGCAUGAUGGCGGUCGCAGCUUUGAUGUCACCUACAAGUGGACAGGCGACGCCUCUCUCGUCAAGGGCUUCCCCUACCUGAAGGCUCACCCAUCAAGACUGCCCGUACAGCUGUGGAACGUCUCGCGACUGCAGUUCACUGCCGACUGGAAGACUUACGUCAAGGGCAAGGAGAAUGCCAGCCCCGAUGAGAUGGCCAAGGCGUUCGACGACAUCAACCUCUAUGCCAACGUCGCCGUGGAUAUGUUCCUGUCCGACAACAUCACCAACUCCACCGGCCUUAAUGCGCCCUUCGAGAUUAUGAUCUGGCCGUGGUGGGUGCCCACCGUCAAGCCCCUCGGUUGGGCAGAGUCCACACCAGACAAGGACACUGUCACCAUCGACGGAAACCAAUUUUCCCUGUAUCACGGCUGGAACGACGGUGGACAGCACGUCUUCUCAUGGCUGUCUCGCAAGAACAUGACCAAGACCGAUGCCGAUUACAGCCCCUUGUUGAAGUACAUCUGGCAGAAGGGCAUGCUUUCCGGCGCUCUGUAUCUUGGUCAACUGGAAAUGGGGUCUGAGAUCAAGCACGCGGGAGAGGAGGUCCACUUCGAGCUCGUCGGCAAGGACGUCAAAGACCCCCACACCUACAACAACGAUUCCUUCGGAGAUGAUUGUCUCCGCGACCAGCUCUAG